GCGGAGGGACUGAAUAGCUGACCACCUCGCGCGAAUUUGACCUGCAAGUGAUGGAAACCUUGGAGGUAUUUUUAUACAGCUUCCUCUUCUCUCACUACUUUGGCACCAUCCUCUUCGUCACGUGGCUUUUCGUUUGCGGGACCCCCACAGAUAUCACCAACUAUGGAUUGCCUAAUUGAAGUUGGGCCACCUGAUCCUGUUUGCGGCAGGACAACCGAUCGAAAUUAGAGAAAGAUAAGUCGUUAUGGUCAGUUGUGCCAAUCGUCCAUUUUCUGCUCAGAACUGGUGUCAAAAGCAGAAUUUAACUUAAUCACAUAUAUUGGCGCGUAAAGGACGUGGACAUUACCCGCUCCAUUCAACGCUGCCUGAAAUACUCUGCGCUAUGUGUUAGUGAUUAUUGGAAAAAUCCGUAGUUAGAAUAAAGGGUGCGUUUGUGAGACUGUUUUAUUUGUCUGCUUUUCUUGACCGCAUACCAAGUGUGCGGGCGAUCCACACAGCAGGACCUACAAUCUUUGAGCAACAGGCCUCACCAACCACUGUAAAGGGUUCCACUGAAAAUCAUAUUUGAACCCCUGUCAUUUGAAAUUUCACUGCCACUGAGAUAAAACAUUUUAAAGCAGCAUUUAAUUUCACCUGUGAGGCAGGAAUAAACCAUGGCUUUACCAGACAGUGGCAUAUCUGGGGAGGAAGUACCCUUCCCAGAGAUUAUAGAGCUCAAUGUUGGUGGUCAGGUGUACAUAACCCGCUUUUCUACCCUCACAAGUGUGCCAGACUCCCUGUUGUGGGAGAUGUUCAGUAGAAAGUCAGCCAAAGGACUGGCCAGGGACACCAAGGGUCGCUUCUUUGUUGACCGUGAUGGUUUCCUGUUCCGUUACAUCCUGGACUACAUGCGGGACCAGCAACUAGUUCUACCAGACCACUUCCCUGAGCGCGGGCGACUGCAAAGGGAGGCUGAGUUCUUCAACCUGUCAGAGCUUGUCAAGCUACUGGCACCCAAAAUAAGCAAGCAGAACUCCCUUGGCGACGAGGGAUGUCAGAGCGACCCAGAGGACUCCUCACCAGGGAUUGACACGUCCCGUAACCUUGGCUCUCUGGGGGCUGCAGCCGCUGCCUGUGCCAGCCUGGUCCCCAGUUCCAUGGACACCAAGCGGUCCGGGUUCAUCACCAUUGGCUACCGAGGCUCAUACACCCUGGGUCGUGACAGCCAAACUGAUGCCAAAUUCCGCCGUGUGGCACGGAUCAUGGUGUGUGGGAAGACCUCUCUGGUCAAAGAGGUGUUUGGGGAGACCCUGAACGAGAGCCGUGACCCAGACCGCUCCCCUGACCGCUACACGUCCCGUUACUAUCUGAAGUUCACCUUUCUGGAGCAGGCUUUUGACAAGCUGGCGGAUGCGGGCUUCCAUAUGGUGGCCUGUAAUUCCACAGGGACCUGCGCCUUUGCUCAUGAGCAGACGGACGACAAGAUCUGGACCAGCUACACUGAAUAUGUGUUCUACCGUGGUUCAUCAGUGGUUUCCAAGACAACGACCUCUGACACCCCAGCUCUCACUGAAGGGGUGACCUCUCAACCUGAUGCUGCUCAUAUUGAAUCAUCCAUAGUGGAGCCCGACAGCAAAACCAAAGGUUAUCCAGGAACCAGCUGCAUCACAACGCUGGACAUACGAAACCCACUGCCCCUGGACCAUCCUCUUCCUCCUCCACAUGUUCCUGCUGCAGACAGCCCCGACCUCCCACCUCUGUCACCUCCUAUCCUGCUUCCACCUCUACCACCAGUCAAACCUUUUUCUAGCUUCAGUCCCUCAACACCGCCUCCUGCUGAGAGCCCCGAGCGUCCGACCACCCUUAACCUAAAGACGCUGCCGCGGCCAACUGCACGGGAGAACGGUGGCCCCCAGUCGGGAUUGGAUGAGGAGGAAGAGGAGAAGAAGAUUCUUGUGGAGGAUCUAAAGAAAUCAGUGGCGGGCCGUCAGGGCCAGCAAGGCCUUCUCUGCUGGCCUAAACAUCAUCAGAAUAUAUAUUUUUUUCUAAAUAUAUUUGCCCACAAAUAUGUAUUCACUUAUUUCCCACAGUAAGAGUUUUUCUCUUAAUUUCAUAGCGUUCCUCUAGGUUGCGCUGCUGCCAGCGCCAGGUUGAGAUUUGGAGGGCUGGUCUUUAUCUUUGAUCUUUUAUCCAAUCAUAUUCAGCCAUCGUGUGUUGCCAGGGGGCUAAAAUCUGCCCUUAGGCCUUCAGAAUCAACAUUGCGGGCGCUGGUAGCUUCAAGUGAAUGGGAAUGACGAUGUUGUGUCAACCAAUCAGCUUUAGAGUUGGCUCCUCUAGGCCUUCGAGAAGGCCCCGGAACCGGCACAGGAGCAGCGAGCAGGCGGAGUGCUGCACGUCUUUUGAUUGGAUUACCAAUAUUGAGAGGCGGGGUCUAUGGGCAGGUAGAUGCAGAACCUCAGAACUAGGAAACUGAAUUUGAUAAACGAAAUAAUUCGCGUACUACUAAGCUGUUUGUUCAACCCACAAUGGCGGAAGGAGGAGAAGAUAUCGAUUUGGUCGAGGAUAUAAUUAUAAGGCCAUUCUCAACGAACUUUAAGACCGAUGCCGACGCUACAAAGCCCGUCACAGGCGGGACAGGGGCUCGUUCGCCACUUUCAAAGUUCCAACUACGAGCGCUACCGAUGGCUCAGGCUCCGAGAAGCUCUGCACACCGGACUGCUGGGGAUGCCUGUUGCAAGUGAUCGAUUUGGUGUUGGGAGCCACACUGGCUUUGCAAACUUGAGUUGUCUAACCGAGGCAGCAACGAGACACUAGAGUACGACUCGGCACCUACAAGCAUCGGUGCUUUGACAACUUUUGGGGACACGGAGCAGAUCUACAGAUCAACGAACAAGCGGCAACGGCGCUGCACAAUGAACAGGUGAAGAACAAGAGGGACAUAUUGAAAAGACUCAUUAAUUGUGUCAUGUGUUUGGGUAAACAGGAACUUUCAUCUUCAUCAUAUUUAUAUCGAUGUAUGUGUGUGUAUAAAUACACACACAUACAUCGAUAGAAAUAUACAUAUACAUGUACGAUACGAUUCUCUGAAUUCUCAGUGUAACUGAGGGUUUUACGUUACUUAAUAACACAAGAAACACGACAACUUUAUCUUUUUCCGUCUGCUCCUUCACAAUAAAAGCCCCGCACCGGAACACUGGUGAACUAAUAUCUUACAUUAGGUUGUUCAGCUGUAGUAAGACGGCAUUGAAGGCCUAGAUAGAAAAUGCACGGCCCGCCACUGAAAGAAAUGCAUUGAGGACUUCAAAAAGAUCCGCUUGCCCAGAGAGUUUCCAGAUCGCAAGAGACACUGGCAAAGUAACUUGCUCAAGUAGUACAAUGCGUAGAGCGCUACCAGGAUUAUACAACUAUGUGUUGAGCAGUGGUCUCCAGCUUCAUAUUCAUAUUGCUCUGAGUCAGACAAUUUACUUUAAGUUGUUCUAAUGUAGUAGCUUUUGCAUGUCAACAGAACUAAAAUGUUUGAUUAAGUGUAGUGCUUAAUUAAGCUUAAUUUAGUCUAGCAAUCACACAUCCACGCUAAAAAACACUGAGAUUUGUUUCCCCCCCCAUCAUCGAUUGUUAGUGACACUUCUUUGUUCCUCAUUUCUAUUUUUAGAUUGUUUUUAAUUAUUACAAUUAUUUUUAUUAUCGCUCAUAAUAUAGGUAAUGUUGUUCAUUAGAGAUUUCUGCCCUAUAUGUGUGUUUCCAUCAAGCUACUGGAAAAUGUAAGCUACGUGUGACAUUUUAGGCAUUUGACCUUGCUGAUGCAAAAUAAAAGAAAGAAGUGAAAUCUC